AUGGUUGAUAUAAGAAAAAAACCUAUUUGGCUUGAUUGUGAUCCUGGACAUGAUGAUGCAUUUGCUAUUAUUCUAGCUGCAUAUCAUCCAUCACUUGAAUUAAUUGGUAUUUCAACUGUUGUUGGAAAUCAAACACUUGAUAGAACAACACAAAAUGCAUAUAAAGUUGCUUAUAUAGCUGGUCUUUCAAAUAAUAUUCCAAUAAUACCAGGUUGUGGAGAAUCACUUUGCCAACAUGUUGUGACAUGUCCAGAAAUUCAUGGACAAACUGGUUUAGAUGGAGCUGAUAUUCCAGAACAUCCAGAAUAUAAAACAUUAAUCAAACAACAAGAUGAAAAUUAUCUAUGGAAUAUUUAUCAAAAGAUCAUUAGUGUUGGAAGACCAGUAACGUUGAUUGCUACUGGCCAAUUAACUAAUAUUGCUUUGUUAUUGAAAGUUUUUCCUCAAAUAAAGAAUUCAUUAUCAGAAAUUGUUCUUAUGGGUGGUUGUAUUGGUAUUGGAAAUAUGCAACCUGGUUCAGAAUUUAAUUUUAUGAAUGAUCCUGAUGCAGCUCAUAUUGUAUUUACAUCUCCUCAUGUUCCACGUCUUGUUAUGGUUCCAUUAGAAUUAACACACACUGUUUGUGCAACUCCAAAUGUUAGUGAACGUUUACGUUCAUUAGCUAGUCCAUUUUCAUCAAUUCUUGAUCAUUUACUUCAUUUUUUUGCUUCAACUUAUAAACAAAUAUAUCAUUUUGAUUCACCACCGUUACAUGAUCCUUGCGCAAUCGCAUAUGUAGCUGAUAAAGAUUUAUUUGAAGGACAAAUGAUGCAUGUUGAUAUUGAACGAACAAGUGAAUUUUGUCGAGGAAGAAGUGUUUGUGAUGUAUUUGAUAAACAUCGAAAAGAAAAAAAUUGUUUUGUAGUUAUGAAAAUUAAAGAAGUUGAACAAUUUUGGAAUAUGAUGUUAGAUGCUAUUGAAUUGGCAGAUAAGAAAAGCCCAGUGAAUUCAACAAAAUCAAAUUAA